AUCAAGGGCGGAAGCACUACGCUUACAAUACAAGCCCUCUCAGUAACUAUCACAGGCAAAAACUCAUCGGACCAAAACCUAUCUCGUCUCAAAGAUCGAAGCAGAGAAGUUCCGAUCAUGGCGUUAGCUUCUCGUCUCUUAUCGAGAUCCAGACAGCUCUAUGCUGGUCAGAUAAUAUUACAACAGGAGCAUGGUGUUCCAGUUCGCUUCUUUGCUAAGGAAGCUGCGCCCGCAGCACUCAAGGGAGAUGAGAUGUUGAAGAACAUAUUUCUUGAGGUAAAGAACAAAUUUGAGACAGCCCUUGGGAUUCUUCGUAAAGAGAAGAUCACCAUAGAUCCAGAUGAUCCUGCUGCAGUGUCUCACUAUGCAAAAGUCAUGAAGACCAUUAGAGAAAAGGCAGACUUGUUCUCAGAAUCUCAACGGAUUCAGUACACCGUUCAGACACUGACUAAAGAUAUUCCAGAUGCUCGAACAUAUCUCCUGACAUUGAAGAAUAUAAGAAUCAAGAGAGGCCUCACUGAUGAACUUGGUGCAGAGGCUAUGAUGAUGGAUGCCCUGGAGAAAGUAGAGAAUGAAAUAAAGAAACCACUUAUGAGGUCUGACAAGAAGGGAAUGGCUCUUCUUAUGGCCGAGUUCGAUAAGGUCAAUAAGAAGCUCGGCAUUCGAAGGGAAGAGUUGCCUAAAUAUGAGGAACAAUUGGAACUCAAAAUUUCAAAAGCUCAGUUGGAGGAGCUGAAGAAGGAUGCUCUUGAAGCGAUGGAAACUCAGAAAAAACGGGAGGAGUUCAAAGACGAGAAGAUGGCUGAUGUGAAGUCGUUAGACAUCCGAAACUUCAUCUGAAAAUAAACUACUCCCCACAUUGUUUCCAUAAUAUCCUCAAAAUUUCUUGUCCUACUUUGUUGGGAGGUUUUUGCUGCAUGUUUGUUCAGCUAGAAAGUCUGAUACAGCGGACUACUUGGGUCUCCACAUUUAAGACUUAACAUGGUUUCCCCUUGAAUAAGUAUCAAUUUGGCAAAGCUGAGAAUAGGGAAUUCAUAGAAUUGCUUUGUUUUUAUUUCCAGAUUUCUGGUUUGACAUGUUUAUUGAGGCAGGCAAGAGUGGGAAUAACACUUAAAACUUGCACAUCUUUGUUU